GAGCCGGAUCAAGUAGUAGGUAGCGCGAGCAGGUAGGAGUCAGUUGUGCUUUCAAUUUCAGCCAGUCAAGUCGCUCCUAACCGUGACAGGCUUUCAAAAAAGUCCAUUUGAACCUUUUUCUCCCACCUUUUUCCAUCCAUCACAACCCCAAGUGUUAGUUUGCAUGGUAGCGCGAGCGAUUGCCUUAUUAUUUACGCCAAGUUUAGGGUUCGAUGCGCCACAUUGUUCAACGACGCUGACUCUCUGGUGGUAGAUCCCCAUGAAUUGGGCGCUCUCGUCUAUAACACUGUGCACGCACUCGACGACGGAGGUGCUUGGGCGAUAGCAAAAGAAAAAAACAGAGUUGCAAAAAAUGUGGUUUCGAAUCGCCUUUACUAUUGUUGCCGUUUUGAGUGGCCAUAGCCUAGCGGCUUUCCUUCUCGGUUACACGUCCGAAUCGUGUGACGAUCUUAAGCCCCAUCGAAUCCCUUUCGUUCAGGAUGUAGUCGGACAAGCGGGCGCUUUUCAACCAGGCCUCGGAUCGAAUGGACUACCGAUAAACGCACCAGGUUUCAAUCGACCUAAUCCUAAUGGACCUGCAAUAAACGGGCCAGACGGAGUCAACGUUCAGCCAAUUUUGAUGACGACGGUGACUCCUUAUAGGAUCUUUACAGUGGACAAUCGCUACAAGAAAGGACGCGCACUUGAAGUGAGAUUGGAAGGUCGAGAAUAUUUUGAAGCCUUCGUCAUGGAGGCUAGGGCAGUUGGCGGAGGACCUACUAAUAAAUUACCACAAGCGGGUGUUGGGCGCUUUGUGAGUGCUCCACGGACGGCCAUGUUCUUAAGUUGUAGGGACCGUUCAUCGUCGGCGGUCGUCAACGCGCCAAACCCUCUUCGCAUGAACAAUUUGACUUUUACGUGGGAAGCACCAUUUCAAGACGUCGGCGACAUUUAUUUCAUAGCUAGUGUCCUACUGGGCGAUCGCUAUUGGGUCUUCACUUCAGAGAGAUUACUCAGCAAUCCGUUUCCCGGAGAGCUGGUGGGCUGCGGGAUACGUCGUACGUGCGUGCGUCUUUGCGGUUAUUACCAAUCGAGCCCGAUUUGUUCGCUGGAUGAAGCCGAGUACGUCCUAAUCAUCGAAAUCGACCCGUCUCAACGUGAAACUCAAAUCACAAUCGGCGGGUACAUUCGGGACCCGCAAACUUACGUCGCGUUCGGGAUGGCGUACAGCGACUUCUCGUUGACCGACAUGGAUAUGAGCGUCUGCAUGUUGGACCGUGGUAGAGUCACUCUUGGGCACUACUAUGUUAAACAGGAGAUAUAUCCACCGUUCCCUCAUGCUGGCAUAAUCGUUCCUGAUUUGACGGAUCUGGAUAACAAUCGAAUUUGGUGCCGGUUUCGACGUCCGUUUUUACCUUACGGUCCGACUAGCAUCAACCCAACUCGUUCCAUGUUUCAUUACUACUUUAAAGGACCCAAAAACGAUUCGGGAAUAUACCUGCCGGAAAGUAUAUACAAAAUGAACAUUUCCCCACGACAGUACAACAUCACGGAAUUCUAUACGGACGUACAAAUCAGUAACAGCGCGUUUCUUCCGGUUGCCAGGCAUUUAGUCGUUUUUUUCCUACUCUUAAUAGGACUUUAUUCAAAAGAUUUUUGAAACUAUUUUCACGAUCAAACAAUAUUCUAAUCUUAUGGUACAUAUAUUUCCCCGUUUAUAAAAAGCACCCGCACAAUUUUUGUCAAAUA